CUGACGGUGUUACGUCAGAGCAUGUUCUCGUUUUCCUUGAAGCGAUUGGCUUUUUUUAGCAUGGGAUGUCCACUAUAUGCUCCGAAAUUUUUGCUUUUUAACGUGUCGUCGAGUUCUUCACAUCAUGAGCGACAAAUCGGUGGCAAAACAAACCGUACGCAUCGCUACUUUUAAUGUCCUAGCUCCAUGUUACAAUUGGUUAAGUGGCUGGUGGGAUCGCAGUGAAAGCAGUAAUCCCAACCUAUACAUACCAAGAUUCCGCGCCAUUAUUGAUCUUAUAUCUAAACAGAAGCCUAGUGUGGACAUUAUUUGUCUUCAAGAAUUUUGGUUUCAUGGUGAUGUCAUGGAACUUUUUGAUACACAGUUUGAAGAAAAAUACAGAAUAAUAAAACUAAAGAGGACCGGUUUUAAGACAGAUGGCCUCGCAUUAUUGAUUGAUCGCUCAAUUAGCAUACUGUCUAUAUGUCCUAUUCGUUUCAAUGAUAUGAAUCGCAGAGUAGCUUUACUAGUCCACCUUCUGUUGCCAAAUGAGCAAGAGAUUGUGCUUAUGACAACACAUCUGACAUAUUGCUCAAACUUCAUUGACCAAUUGCUACGAAUGUCUCAAAUAAAGAAAGUGAAAAACGAAAUUGAAUCAUAUCAGCAGAAAAAUAAUGUAGAAAACAUACCUGUGGUGUUAGCAGGAGAUUUUAAUGGCUGCCCAGAAGAUGAGGUGUAUGGCUUUGUGAUUGAAAAUGGUUUUGUGUCAUCAUACAAAACUGUGCACUGCAGAGAACCUCGUGUAACACACAGACUUUAUAGCGGUGAAGAGAUACUUGUAGAUUAUAUAUUUUACAGAAAUCCACCUCAAUCUCAACUUGUUCCUAUAAAAUCCAUAGUGUUGCCGGCAGAAUUCACUGAUGAAGAGUGGCCCAAGGAGUUCACUUUGUCUGAUCACAGGAUGAUAAUGACGGAAUUUGAGCUUGAGACUAAACAGGAUAAUCAACCUGAUAGUCAGAAGAGCAGUGAGCAGUUGGAUCAAAGAAAAGUGAUGUGUCAUGACUAUGACAGAGUUUAAGGAUUAGAGGGUCUAAAAAUUCAAUUUGUCUUUCAGCCAAUUGGUCGAACUGUGAGACAGUCAGACUGAUUGGCAGUCAGACAGUCGGACACUACGAUGCCUGCAUUUACGCAGAAUUUGUUUUUUUAGUGUAGUGUGCUGCAAGCACUUUGCUCUUGAGGAUUCCCAGACCCAGUAACCUUAGCGUGCUAUUCAAAUGGGAAUAAUAAUGUUACGUUAGUACGACACCGCGUUUCAAACUGUAAAUUUCACACAUCUUAUAAUAGUAUUGUAAAUAAAAUGCAGCCGUUUGUAGUCAA